AGGGAGGGCGGGGGGCAAGAAGGAAAGACGGUUGUAGGGCUCGAGCCUGUGCCCGAACCUGGGUGGCCUGAGGGGCGCGGAGACUCGGGGUUUGGGAUACCGCAGAAUAAUGGCGGCCCGGUAUGAGCCGCCCAAUCCUCCUCUUCCCCUCUGUGGUCGCCGUCGCCGCCGGAGUCGCCGGGACCCUUUGGUCUGCGUGUGUUAGCUGUAAGGCCGCUGCCUGCCCGUCAGCCCUCCAGUUUACCGGCGGUCCCUCUUACUGCCAGCCCGAGGGUCGGGCUGGCGAAUAACUCCUACUCCCAUCUCACCCACCAGUCAGCCGACCGGGAUCAUGGAGGACUUGAAGCUGGAGUUCCCCUCUCUCCCACAGUGCAAAGAAGACGCCGAGGAGUGGACCUACCCUAUGAGACGAGAGAUGCAGGAAAUUUUACCUGGAUUGUUUUUAGGUCCAUAUUCUUCUGCUAUGAAAAGCAAGCUAUCUAUACUACAGAAACAUGGAAUAACCCAUAUAAUAUGCAUAAGACAAAAUAUUGAAGCAAACUUUAUUAAACCAAACUUUGAACAAUUAUUUAGAUAUUUAGUUUUGGAUAUUGCAGAUAAUCCAGUUGAAAAUAUAAUACGUUUUUUCCCCAUGACUAAAGAAUUUAUUGAUGGGAGCUUACAAGCUGGAGGAAAAGUUCUAGUCCAUGGAAAUGCAGGAAUCUCCAGGAGUGCUGCCUUUGUUAUUGCAUAUAUUAUGGAAACAUUUGGAAUGAAGUACAGAGAUGCAUUUGCUUAUGUUCAAGAAAGAAGAUUUUGUAUUAAUCCUAAUGCUGGAUUUGUCCAUCAACUUCAGGAAUAUGAAGCCAUCUACCUAGCAAAAUUAACAAUACAGAUGAUGUCACCACUCCACAUAGAAAGGUCGUUAUCUGUUCAUCCUGGUACCACAGGCAGUUUGAAGAGAACACAUGAAGAAGAAGAUGAUUUCGGAAGUAUGCAAGUUGCUACUGCACAGAAUGGCUGAAUCAAGACCAAUGUUAUAGAAGAUGUGAAUUUCUUUCUGGGAAGGAAGAAACACUAGAGACAAUAAUAAUGUAAAAUGGUAAAAACACAAGUAGUUUCUUUUCAAUUGUAUGUUGCUUCCAGAUGUGUUUCUUUACAAUCUGUUAAGCAACAUUUUAAGAGGUUGGAUUUCUGCAAUAGAUGGCACUGAUGGUUUCACUCCUUUUCUCUCUUUUUUUUUAACAUUUUACAAUUCUGUUAUAAACAAAGAAUUUUGGACUUGCAAAGAGGUAUUAUUGCAAUAAUGCACUUUUCAUACUUGAAAUUUAUUUGUAUGAUAUAGUUAUUACUUUAAACAAAAUGCAAGUUAGGGGGAUUUGUUUAUAAAAUCUGGGUAAUUUAUAACAAAAGAAUUUCCUAAAGUUUGCUAAAAAUUCAUUGUGUUCUAUAUAUUACAUUUAAAAAAUAAUUUUACAGUUCAAUUUUAUGAUGGAGCCUCUUACAGAAACAUUAACAAAUGCAAGAAUCUUGCACACUUCUUUCUUAGUAUAAUUAAAUAACUUAAUCUUUUUUAAAAAAACUUCUUGACUAUUACUAAUCUUUAAAUCAUGACAUUAACCAACUACUUAAUGAUCCAAGUAUUGCUUCCUUUCCUAUUACCUUCCUAAUUUGUUUAGUCUAUAGAAAAAGUUGACUGAACAAAAGAUUUUUGCAUUUCUCAAAAGCCAAAUGUGUUUGUUCUUUUUAGAGUUGCUUAGCUCAUUUUUCUUUGUCUGGAAUGGUUCUAAAUAGAAUAUAAUAAACCAAUGUAGCAGUAUUUUUUCCUAAAUGAAGCCCAAAAAAGAAAAGUGCCUUGCAUCAUUAAAAAAAAAACUAAAAAUAAAUCCUCAUGACCUCUAAAUUAGUAUGUAGAACAAUGAAAAAUCUUAACAUUAUUUUGUAAUUUUUUUCACCAUAAUUUUAACUGAAAAUCUGAGGCUUGAAGAAACCUCAGUAAAUAAUUUGGAAAUAUUUACUCCUUAUUUUAUAUUGUCUUAAUGAUUCUUUGAGGUUGUUCUGGCUCAGACAGAAGCUUUUCUUUGAAGAUUCAUUUAUUGGGGAAAUUGAUUUGUGGGAGACUUUAGUAUAUUUUAAAUUAGUGUUUUAAUCAGUUCUUUACACUGAGUUAAUCCAAAGUCAUUUUAUAGAUCCUGUUUUUCCCUAUUUUUAUUUAUAUAUUGUUCUAAGAAGAACAUUGCUAUUUUAAGUAUGUUGUGAGGGAGGAGAGGAGUGUUUUAACUUUUUAUAGUUGAUAAUUUAGGUUAGCACAAACAAAACGCCUUUCUAUCACUUUUAUCAGUCCUCUCUUGAGGUGCUUUAUUUCCAUCCGUUCCCUUGGUACCGAUAGGUACUAUGCAAGGUAACAUUACACCAAGUUACUUGCUUGGCUUUCCUCCCUAAAAUGUAAUAAUACAGUAAAAGAUUCUUUUAUCCAGCAUAGCAGGAGAGUAGAAAUGAACUAAAAUUGCUUUGUUAAUUACGAGUUAAUUCCUAUUGACCCAGGUGGUAUUUCUCUUCUCAUUUCCCUUCCCUUUCUCUAUUUUACCACCCUGAAAACAACCUAUUGUUAAUUCCAUUGUGGUCUUGUAUUCUGUUGUGUGAUUAGGUCAUUUGGUGUGGUAGAGUCAAGAUUUUCAUUGAGUGUUCAGAAAUUCCGGUUGGUAAAGUGCCAGGUAACACAGCUUUCCUGUAAAUAGAGCACUAUUGGAUAAGUCAGCAAAGAUCUCUCUUGUAAUCUAUAAUAUAUGAUGCUUCAUUCAGCAGAAACUCUGCUCAAAAGAAUCUUCAUAAUAGUACAUUUAGGUUUUAAAAAUUAGGUGAAGAUUUUUUAAAUUAGUUUGAGUACGCAUGACUCUCUACUAGUUGGGCCAAAAAGUACACAUUUGGUUGUUUUAAUUUAUAGUUGGUAAUUUUCCACUUUUCCUGACCACUGUUAAUUUUUAUGGUGUCACGAAAGUGCCUGCCCAGCACUGUACAUUGAAGACCAUCUCUCACAAAUACGAGGAAAAGGGACUGUCAUGUGGACAAAACAUGUUGUUUAUUCUUCCUUUCAUAUAAGAACAUUGCAAAUGUUUUGUCUCAGAUCCGUUCUUCCACCUAAUGUUCAACUAGUUCUUCCUAUUUUUCCAGUUGGUUCCAUUUCUGUAAUUCCUUUAUUUCCACUGAUGCUUUAUGAUAGUUAAUUACAUUUACCCAAUCAUGAUUUAUUUUCUAGAAUAUUUGAAUAAUGUGUAAGUGAUGUAGUACCAAAUUUUAAACAUUAAAUAUGUAAUCUGGGCACAGAAUUCAAAGUGACCCUAAUUGCAUUAAAACAUAGGACAACUGUUUUAUUGUCCAUUUUGAAAGUGUGAAGCUUAAAUAUUGAAAACAUUCAAACUGGAAUGGCAGUCUUACCUUCUAAUUUCAGUUAACUGGUUCAUAGUUUUUAUCUAGUAGAUGUUUAAUAGCAGUAACUUUUGUUUAUUUUUAUCUACUUCAUGGUGGAAAUGUUAAAUUGUUAUAGUUCUUGCUAUGAAUGCUCAACUACUUAACUUUUAGAGCAUAAUAUGUUUUGGGGGGAUUUUGUGCUUCACCUGAAUUUAGAAGUAAUGUUCAGAAAAUGUUAAGCAUGUCCUUUUUAGAAAAUACAGGGUUUCUAAUUGUCUUAUUACGAUGGUAAUUCAAGUAAAUUAGAAGUAUUUAACUGCAUUCUUGAAUUAUAAAGUUGGGAUGUGUAUAUGUGCAUACAUGCACGUAUCAGGAUCUUAACUUGAUGUAAAGUAAAUGAGCAGUUACCUGGUAGACUUUUUUUUUAAUAACUGGCUUAGCCCACACUUCCACAACAAAGCUUCACUUUAGUAUUUACUUUAUUGUUGUCCAUUCAACAAUGCUCCAAAAAAGGAAAUGUUAAGAAAUAGCUGAGAAUUACUAAAAGAUUUUAUUUUAUUUUAUGUUUAAAAACUAUGUUUCUAGGUCUUUGAAUGCUGGAUUUUUUUUUUUUUUGUCUUACCCAUCCAUGGCAGCUAAAAAAAAUCACUCAAAAUAUUCAGGUUUACAUGUUAGCUCUCUUUUUAGGGAGUUGCCAUACCUCACAGUUCAAAGUGUAUUCUAUAGAUCAGUAACAUCAUACUGACAUGUAAUUGCAAUUUACUAUGCAGCAAAAAUUCAAGAAAAAUAAUCUACAGUGUCUACUUACCUUUGUAUAGGCAACUGAUUGCGUUACUCUGCUUUCAACAUUUGUACUUAGAUAAAAUGCUUAUGUAUGUAUAGGAAUGUCACAGUGAGAGAUGCUGCUAGCCCAGACACAAAGUAUUAAAAUUAUUUUGUGAA